GAGGAGGGGCCCAGGCGGAGCCUCGGGACGCCCAGGGCCGGUUUCUCCUCCGCCUCGGCUCCUCGCUUGCCUCUUUCCCAGCCGGGGUUAGUCAGCCGAGCAGCCCGCAAGCCAACGGGGUCUCCUGAAGGCUGGAGGAAGGAAGAGAGGAAGACUUCAGGGCAGAUCUGGUUCUGGCUGCUGCAGAGCUGGGGCGAGCUGGCUCUCGGCUUGGCUGCUGCUGCUGCUUCUGGCGCGUCGCCUUCCCGAUUUCGUCAUGGGUUCUUCAAAAUCUAGGAAGAGGUGCUCCCAGCCCAGCCACAUAAUGUUUUCUUAGCACCAGACAGCUGGCAUAAGUGACUCAGACUGGGUUUCUGAUCCAGCAGAAGUGUGGGUGACCCAUUGACCCAUUCGCCGAGGCAAUGGACACCCACAUGGACUUGCUGACAGAGCUCCAGCUGUUGGAUAAGGUGCCCACACUGGAACGGCUCCGAGCAGCUCAGAAGCGCAGAGCUCAGCAGCUGAAGAAGUGGGCGCAAUAUGAAAAGGAGAUGCAGCACAAGAAGAGAAAACAUGAGAAGAAGAGGAACCUUGUCAACCGCAAAAAGGUUUCUUUUGAAGCCAGUGUUGCAUUAUUGGAAGCAUCCCUACGGAAUGACAUUGAGGAGGUCUGUUAUUUAUUGAAUAAUAACUUCAGUCCAGACCUGUGCAAUGAAGAUGGAUUAACUGCACUGCAUCAGUGCUGCAUAGACAACUAUGAGGAGAUAGUUAAGCUUCUUCUGAACCACGGGGCUAAUGUCAAUGCAAAGGACAAUGAACUGUGGACUCCUCUGCAUGCGGCCGCAACAUGUGGGCACAUCAAUCUGGUGAAGAUCCUGAUUCAGCAUGGGGCAGACCUGCUGGCAGUAAAUGCAGAUGGCAACAUGCCAUAUGACCUCUGUGAGGAUGAACCAACUCUAGACAUCAUUGAGACUUGUAUGGCAUACCAGGGCAUCACACAAGAGAAAAUCAAUGACACGCGAGCAGCUCCAGAACAGACAAUGGUUGAUGAUAUCACAGAGCUUAUAGCAACUGGGCAGGAACUGAACAUAACAGAUGCACAAGGUGCUACAUUGUUACAUAUAGCUGCUGCCAAUGGAUAUCUGCAUGCAGCAGAGAUCCUUCUUGACCAUGGAGCAAGACUGGACCUCAAAGAUUGGGAUGGCUGGGAACCCCUCCAUGCUGCUGCCUUCUGGGGACAUAUGCACAUGGCAGAAUUGUUAGUAUCCCAUGGUGCAAGUUUGAGUGCCCGGACAGCCAUGGAUGAGAUGCCAAUAGACCUCUGUGAAGAAGAGGAAUUUAAGGUUCUACUCUUAGAACUGAAGCACAAGCAUGACGUCAUCAUGAAAUCUCAGAUGAGACACAAGACCUCUUUGAGCCGGAGGACUUCCAGCACUGGAAGCAGAGGUAAAGUGGUGCGGAGGGCAAGUCUCUCUGACAGAACAAACCUUUACAGGAAGGAGUAUGAGAAGGAGGCAAUUAUCUGGCAGCAAAUAGAAGCUUCAGAAGAGCAAAGAACCUCUGAUUAUACUGGGGACAUCCGGGAGACUUACUCCAACCAAGAGAACACAAAUCCAAACUCUACAGGAGAUAUGUCCAUAAUCCUUCCAGAGCUGGUAACCAAAAGCACACAAUGUGACUCUGACACGUUGCUCCAAAAUGGACUCAAUUUAUCCUCUCCUACUUAUCAAUACUCUGUUCCCAAUGGAGAUGUUUGGAAGAUGCAUUCUGCUUUGGACAAUGAUGUAAGCCAAACAUUGCCCUAUGAUACUUCUGCAGUCUCCGACUCUCAGCAAAUCUGGGGUGGUUACAAAGAAAGGAGUCAUCAAACCCUCUCUGAACUGAAACGGCAGCGAGCAGCUGCCAAACUUCUCAACCACCCCUUCAUCAGUACGCACUUUGGUAGCACCGUGGGAAGCACAGCAGAAAAUGGGGGAGAAGCAAAAGAGCACCUGAUUACCUCCAGGACUCCUACUUACACAUCCAAUGGGACUUCAGUUUAUUACACAGUAUCAAGUGGUGAUCCACCUCUCUUAAAAUUCAAAGCUCCCAUGGAAGAAAUGGAGGAGAAAGUACAUGGGUGUUGUAGGAUCUCUUGAUCUAAAUUCAUUCCUCACUGGUGUAGAUACCAAAUUUGGGUGGGCAUAAUACAUCAAUUACUGAAUUUUGGUUGUUACCACUGCUAAAUGGGAGAACCUGGAUUGGUCAUCCCUGGCCAGGAUCUACCAGGCUUAUUCAUUCAUAGUACCUUACUUUGCUAUGGCAAUUCCAUUGAAAUCAAGCAAGUACAGGCAAAAAAGAGAAGUUCAUGGGGAAAAUUCAUUUUCAUAAACUGGUGCGAAAGAUAAUUAAAUCCAUUGGAUUUUACAUCCUGUCUAAUUUAGAAUCUCCUUGUACCACUAUGCUCCUGAAAACUGGCACUUUGGGAACACAAAAUCUCUCAUCACAUCCUUGGUUUGCCACUAUCAACAGUAUGUGAUUAGAAUCCAGCACUUUUAUAAGCCAAGUUGGACUAUAGAAAGACCCAGUUUUGCACACAGGAGAUAUAUGCACUUUAACAACAAAUCAGAAAGUUUAGCCUGUUAUGAAAGAACACAUUUGUGACAUUAUUUAUUGUAUUGCCAAUUUUGAGCCAUUAUUUCUCGCAGUACUCUUUACAUAAAAACAGAUGUAGGUCAUGUCUGCAAGCUUCCACCCUUUCAUAAAAUGAGGGGAUAUUCUUAGCUCUUUAGAGGAGUAAUACAAUUAAAAGGAGUUUAUGGUCAAUGUAUAAUAUUCUUCACCAGUAAUCCUUUUACUUUGCACUUGUACAGAUUCAAUUUUCUCAUCAGUUCAAGUUUUAUCAUGUUUCAUCAGAGAAUUGUGGGCUUUGAUUUUCUCCAAAGCUGUUAGGAAGUUUCUUCUCUGACUCGAACUUUAUUUCUCACCAUGCUAUGUUUUUCAUUAGCCUGCAUUGCUAUACCUAUGAGAUAAUUUAAAAUAGUUCUUAAAUAUUAAUGUAUGUAAUUUACCUAUUUUUGGAACAUUUUAUUGUUGUUUUUCAUGUAUUUCUCUUUAUAUUUAUCACUGUUUGUUUUUCCUCAGCGUUUCUUUCUGCUAAGACCAAUAAAGGAAUUUGGUGGGCAGAA